AUGGUCAGAAUCUGAUUUAUAAUCAGCUUCUGAUUCAGAUUCUCAUUCAAAAUCUGACUCAGUUAUAACUCCUUUAUGGGAGGCGCUACCUCCAAGCUUUUUAGGUUGCCAAGCAGAAGAAGCUUCACCCCCCCCGUUCAGUAUUUUUUAGGCUGCUGUGCAUCAGCAGAAGGUAUUGAGCUUGUAAAUUGUUGAAUAAAUUAUAUAUGAGUUCAUGUAUCUGUGCGUCAACAAAAAUAUAUAGCUUUGGAUAUUAUAAUUAAAGGUAGAAUUAGUAACAUAAAUAUUAACCUUUUAACAAAAAUUCUAAAAAACUUAGGAAGGUAA